AUGUUAAAAGCAGAAGAAAAGGAGAAGCCUGCUCCAAAGGAAAAGGCUGAAGAGAAGAUGAAAGAAGAUAAACUAGUUUCUAAGGAGGCAGCAGAGGAAGAUAAGGGAGAAGACAAAGAGACAGUUAUUACUGAAGAUAUACCUGAAGAAAUAAAGCAACUAGAAGAAAAUGAGAAACCUGCUCCAACAGAAAUUUCUGAACUCAAGACAAAAGAAGAGACAGCAGUACUAAAGGAGCAGGUUCUGGAGAAGAAGGCUGAUGACAGAGUCAUUACAGAGGAUAUAACUAAGUUGGAAGUAAAAGAAAAAACUCCCUCUGAUGACAGGGUUGAAAUAAAGGCAGAAGAAGAGAUAAUAACUGUAAAGAAAGUGGAUGAGGAAAAGAAGGAAGAAGAAAACGCAAAAGUUGAAGUUGCUGGAAAACGAAUUGUUGAAGGGGGAGCAAAGGAAGAAGAUGGCUGA